CCUGUUGCAGUUCACUUUCCACACACGGAGUAAUGAGCAGACUGAUGAAUGCAAUCAUCCCUGUCCUAUAAUUAUGUGUCAUGAAUAAAUGUGUGCAUUAACAUUUUUAUUAUCUGUUGCAUGUUUUACGGUGUAAUCUCGUACAGAAAUUAUGCAUAUUUAUUCAGUUCCCCACCUAUUAGCCCUUUCCUGAAUUGCUCAUUUGAAAACACAACACAACUUUGCUGUACAUCUGAAACGUACAGUACACACACUGAGCCUCACCACACAAACACACAAAAACUUUGUGCAAAAAGUGGACUUUCCCACACUUUCUAAAUGACUUAAAGUCAACAUGUCAUACUGGGGGAGAUCACACAACUCGAGGUAGAACAUCUCAAUAAGUAACCACACAGGGACAGGCCCUCGCUCUCAUAAAGCCAAAGCAGCAUGUCCGUAUCACUUCCUUUUCUCUGCAUCAUGUGGCUCAGUCACUGCUGUUUCCUCUUCUGCUUUGUGUCAAUACUGACAACACUAUUAAUACUUCCCACCGCAUGCUGGGCAGAGACUUUUUGAGAAGAAACGCUCUUAAACAAUUCUAGAAGACUUGAAAGUGUCAUCUGUGAUGGAUGGAGAUGUGUUGUCUUUGUCAUCUUCCUCAUCUUUCAGAUCUUUAUCAGCAAGAUCACAGAAAGAUACUUCACCUAAGAGUGACAGCAGCCUUCCUGAGACCCAAAAGGAGCACAUACCAACCAAAGAAUUAUGGACAGAUAGCAUGAGCCCUGUUGGGGACAGACUGCUGUCCACAGAUGAGCAGGUCACUAUGAUCACUGAGAGCUUGAUAGUCACCUCCACCGACCAGGAGAAGCUGCUGCUCCUCAACAAGAACACUGAGCUCCGAAAGGUCAACAAAGAGCUGAUGGAGUUGAAUGAGGACUGGGACCAGGUGUACCGCAGUGCCACGUUGGGUCUGCAGCAAAGGCUGGAGGCUCUGGAGCGAGAGAACAGUGCCAUCAAACAGCUGAACGGCCGACUGCUCCUCAAAGUUGAACAUCAGCAGGCGCUGAUGACGGAGCUGAAGAAGAACCAGGAGUUGCAGGAAUAUAUCAGAUUACUAGAGAGCAAAAGGCACCAUCCAGAAGGAGACACCACGCCUGUCAGACAGGAAAGCUUUAGUGUAAAGGGUCCCGGGCCCUGUUCCAGCAGCAACUACAUGUCUGGGUGCAUCCCUCCAUCCUCCUUUCCUGCACCCUCUUGCACAAGAGAGAUGGGAUGGAAGGAAAUGAAACACAGCAGCACCAAACCGAUGACAACAGGAAGCUCCCAGACAGAAAUACAGGACCUGAAAGAGCAGCUGGAGGCUCUUAGAUGUCAGACUGAGAUUUACAAAGCAGAAUAUAAGACGGAGCACAACGACCACAAGCACACCCUCCAGGAGAACCGGAAGCUCCGAAAGAAGAGGGAGGAAAUGCGACAACAAGUGGCACUCCUACAAGAACAGCUCAAGAUCUAUGAGGAUGACUUCAGGCAGGAACGGUCUGACAAACAGAUACUGCAGCGACUUUUGUCUCAUAAAACAACUCCCAACAAGGAGCCGGUGCUGGUCCAUCGCUGCAAUAAUGAGCAGCAGCAGCUGCUGGGUGGAGAAAAGAAAGCUCAAAGUGGAGAGAAAGGAAAACACCACCACCCACUCUGCCCCAAGCAUUCAAACAGGAACAACGAGUCCGCCUGAAGCGCGGAGAAACUAUGACCCCACUUUUUAUUAAAAAAUUACUCAGCUGAUUGAAUCAGUUUCAG